AGGAAGCUUUUUCAUCCCGUCUCCCAGUUCACAGGCUCUGCCUUUGGGUCGGCCGCCAUCUGGCAGUACGAGGCGCUCAAGUCGCGCGUCCAGAGCUACUUGGAGGAGGCUCGGGCAGACUGGCUGGACAGGAUUCGGCCGCAGAAGAGGGGGGACCUCAGGAAGCAGGUUAACAGCUGGUGGAAUAACCUGAGCGAGGGUCAGCGGACUGUGACAGGAAUUAUAGCUGCAAAUGUCUUUGUAUUCUGUUUAUGGAGGCUGCCUGGCAUGCGACGGAUUAUGUUUACAUACUUCACCUCAGACCCAUCCUCCAGAGCCCUGUGUUCUCCCAUGCUGCUCUCCACAUUCAGUCACUUCUCUCUAUUCCACAUGGCAGCAAAUAUGUAUGUUUUAUGGAGCUUCUCCAGCAGCAUUGUCUCUCUUCUGGGGUGUGAGCAGUUCAUUGCAGUGUAUCUUUCUGCUGGGGUUAUCUCCAGUUUUGUCAGUUAUGUUGCUAAAAUGGCCACUGGAAGGUUUGAACCCUCCCUUGGAGCUUCAGGAGCUAUCAUGACUGUCCUGGCAGCUGUGUGUACAAAGAUGCCAGAAGCAAAACUUGCCAUCAUAUUUCUUCCCAUGUUCACAUUCACAGCAGGAAGUGCUUUAAAAGCCAUAAUUGCAUUUGACACUGCAGGGCUUGCUCUGGGCUGGAGGCUUUUUGACCACGCUGCACAUCUUGGGGGAGCUCUCUUUGGAAUGUGGUAUGUGACUUAUGGCCAUGAGCUCAUCUGGAAGAACAGAGAACCACUGGUGAAAGCUUGGCACGAAAUGAGGACAAAGAACACGGGAAAGGGAGGAGGAGGUGGAAGAUCCAACUGAUUCUGAUCCUAGAGCUUCCUGGUGCCCCAGUGCUGUAUGACUUGAAGACAUGGGAUUGAAUUGGUUUUGAAGGUUUUUUUGCUACUGCACAUUAGGCCUCUAAGGAGCUGAGGUUUUUAAUGUCACCUACAGUAACAAAAAUACCUAUGGAUAGAAAAUGAACUCUGACAAAGGUGGAACAAUAAAGGUUUUUAUCCUGUUGCUUUC